AUGUCGAUACCGUCCACACCGAGAUGGCCUGCAGACGAAACGGGCGUGCCAGAGAUAGCCGGCGACGAGUGCUUCGGAGAUCUGGUAGACAAACUGUGCCAGUUCUUUGAGCAUAAGAUCAAGCUGCCACAUACCUUCGAAGAUUUGCGUCGAUCGCAGGAGGGCCGGGCAGUCCAGCCUCUCAUCGCAUACCUGUCUACCCAAGUCGACCACCCUGCCCUCGUAUCCGCUCUACUGGCCCUGAAGGGACAUUUCUCUGCCUUGGAGGAAACCAGCGACGAGCCUGGUGUGAACGAAGCGCGAGGCUACGCAUGCGAAUUCGUAGCCUGGCAAUUCUUGACGAACCUGAAAGAAGCCGACAUCAUCGAGUCUCUGCUAGUAGAACUCCCGCCGGCAACGACGCCGGCCACCUCCAACCCACCGAACGGCUACCACUCGGGCGAGAACGAACGCGACACCACACAUGCCGACGAGCGGUCGCCUUUGCUUCCCGUAUCCAACACCGAUUACUUCAGCCGCGGCGACUCUCCCAGAUCUCGCUUCGGAUCGCUGAUGUCACAAUGCGAGAAUCUCAGUGCAUUGGAGCUUGCGACUGUAUCUGGUGCGAAGAAGUUCCUGUCCCAGAGACCAGUCCAGAAAAUCAUAAAUGGCUUGUGGAAAGGCGACAUCGUAUUCUGGGAGACCCUCAGUCUACACUCAGAGAAGAAGCCCAAAAAGUACAACCGAAAGCAGGCCGAUCCCUUCUCCAGGCUACGCGUUCCGUUGUACUUGAAGAUUUUCGAGACACUCUUUUUUGCGGCAUUCUUAGGGCUGUACUACGCAGUUCUAGUGCAGCGAAACAACGCCCGAGUAACCAUUCCCGAGAUACUGCUCUACGUGUGGAUUGCCAGCUUCGCGUACGAUGAAUUUUCGGAUUGGUUAGACGCAGGGCAAAGCUCGUUCUAUGCCUCGGACUUUUGGUGGACCUGGGACAUCAGUAUCGUCGUCGUGGGCUUUGUCUUCUGCAUUAUGAGGAUUGUUGGUCUGACUACAGCCAACGCUACCACCAUCGAUCUUGCCUAUGACGUACUCGGACUAGAGGCUCUCUUCCUCGUGCCGCGUAUCUUCUCUCUCUUGAGUCUCAAUCGAUAUUUUGGCACCCUUAUUCCGUGUCUCAAAGAAAUGACCAAGGAUUUCAUCAAAUUCCUGUCACUGGUAGUCAUCCUGUACCUGGAUGUCGCCGAAGAGAUCUCGCCGUUCUUCGGACCUCCUGUGAUGGUUCUCGAUCAUGCGCGAGAUGAAUAUUUGUUCAUCUAUUCCGUAUACGUGCUCGAAGCAUCCAGCUCAAAUCGAUUGACAUACUUUCUGCCUCCACUGAAUCUCAUUCCGCUAGUCAUUCGACCGUUGCGGCUCGUCAUCCCCUCCGAGCGACUCAGGAGCGUCCGGAUCGUCUUGCUCAAGGCCACGCAUCUACCUCUUGUAUUUGCAAUCUGGGCUUACGAGCAGCUGACCGAUACCCGUAAUCUCGAUGUGAAAGCGACAUCUUUCAGCGGACCGCAGACACCAACCCCACCAAAAAAGGCUCUUCGGUUGCCGGUCAACUCUCCACGCCUAUUGAUGGCGGAAGCACCAAACUCAUUUGCGAGGAAGCCCCAGAAGCCCCAGGCACGAGCAGGGUCUACAGAAACCGAUGCUCCAUUGAAGGCACUAGUCCUUAAGCUUUCAACGCAAGUUGAAGAACUUACUGCGAUGGUGUCGCAGCUCCAGCAGCAGCGCGAAGCGAGCACAUCGGUCGCUUGA